AUGGGAAGCCGCGGUGGGGGAAAAGGGGCGGGGCCUCGGGGCUGCCCGAAGGCGAGGCGAUUGUUUACAAACUCGCCGGCGCGCGUGCGCGAGCGCGCGCUCCCCCCCCACCCCCCGCCGUCACGUGCGCCCCGCCGCGGCCCGGGCCGAGCGGCUCGGCGCCCCGCGGGGUCCCGCCGCCCCCGCAACGCACCAAGCCCGCGGCCGCCCGCGGAGCGGCUCCCCCGCGGGGCCGGGCGGGCGGAGGGACUUGCCUUGCGCUUCUCAGUCCGCGGGGCAGAGUCAGACAUUGGCGGCGAGCGGUGGGGGGGGCGACGGCUGCGGGUCCGGGGCGGGGGAGCCGGCGGCGGCUCCGCUCCCAACUCCGCGAAAGGACCAAGUGAAACCUGCGCCGCGGCCCCGCCGCCCAAUCCCCGCACGCCCCGCCCCUGCCCCGGGACACGCCCCCUGUCGGACACGCCCCCUUCCCCUCGGCGCGUCCAAUCCCCGCACGCCCUGCCGCAGGCCACGCCCCCUGCGGGCCACGCCCUCUCCUCACCAGGGAGUCCGAUCGCACGUCCUGCCCCUGACCACGCCCCCUUCACCCCGGGGCGCCCAAUCACCGCACGCCCUGCCCCUUCCCCGUGCCGCGCCCCUGUUGGCCACGCCCCCUCCCUCGGGCGGGAACGCCGGCCAAUCAACGUCCGCCCCUGUGACCACGCCCCCCCACUGGCGGGAACGUCGGCCAAUCACCGCCCGCCCCUUCCUCCGAGGACACGCCCCCUCUCGCCCUAUUGGCCCCGCCCACCCCGGCCGGUCGAAUGGGCGAGUCCCGACAGGUAG